GAUGUUCAGUGAAAUUUGUCCACUUGAAGGUAAAUGUUCGUGUGCAAAAAAUGUCGUGAACAAAAGCCUCGAAGGUGGGAAACGAGUAGCAAAUAUAUAUUGGAGUGAACCGGAAAACUUCACUUGUCCUCAUAAAUACAUAAAAGAAGGAGAGGGAAAGUCGAACAUUAGUUCUCCACAGUCGUUCUUAAAAGGACAGCACAAAAUUCCGUACAAGCACUUUCUGUAUGGUGGAAAAACUUCAACAUGCUAUGUUCAUAUUAACGUUAUAUCGAAUGUCUGUGACUUUGAAUCUAGCCUGGGCACGAAUUUAUGUCCAUGGCACAAUGAUGAUUACAGCUGGAUUGUCCGCAAUUACGGACCGUUUGGACGAUAUCUUUAUUUUGAAUCAACUUCAACUGGCAAAGCUUGGUUGGUUGGAAACUAUCGAAACGACUCUCUCGUGUGCUUUUCAUUUUCGUAUAGGAUGUAUGUCCCACAUUUUGGAGCAUUAAAUAUUUACCAAGAAUAUUUUCACAAUGGAUACAAUCCCUUACUGUGGUCAUUAAGUGGUGAUCAAGGAAAUAAGUGGAAAAAAGGCCAAGUCACAGUUAAUUUUACAAUGGGUCUAUCUAGGUUAAUCGUUGAAGAUGUCGUACAAUCAUUUAAGUGGGGAUACUUAGCAAGCUCUGUAUCUCUCGACAAUCUUGCUUUUGCUCCAGGAAGCUGUGACACAAUACCAAAGGUGGCCAUUCCUAGCAAUGCUUUUGAUUGUUCCAAUGGUUCAUUUUUCUCGUUUCUAAAUACGAAAUGUAACAAAUGUCCCAGUUCUACUUACCAGCCGUACACAAGUCAAACUCGUUGUCUUACCUGUAAUGAUGGUAAAGGUACCAUCAAUAUUGGUGCAGUGAGUGAACAAGAAUGUAUAAAAGUCGAAAACUGUGAUUUUCAAAAAGGACUGGGAACAACUGUUUGUCCAUGGCGCAAUGUGGAAGUAGACGAUGACUUAAACUGGGAACUUGGUACUGCAUAUGUAAAAUAUAGAAGAUUUAGAAACCUAAUUUAUGACGCUACUGGUUCUAAUUUUGGACGAUAUCUUCUUUUAAGAUCAGUUAUUUCAGGCAAAGCUUGGUUGGUUGGAAACUAUCGAAAGGACUCUCUCGUGUGUUUUUCAUUUUCGUAUUAUAUUCGCAGUCAUUAUAAUACAUUAAAUAUCUACCAAGAAUAUUUUCACAAUGGAUACAAUCCCUUACUGUGGUCAUUAAGUGGUGAUCAAGGAACUAAGUGGAAAAAAGGCCAAGUCACAGUUAAUUUUACCAUGGGUCUAUCUAAAUUAAUCGUUGAAGCUGUCGUGCGUAGUUACACAAGAAACGUUCUAGCUCUCGACAAUCUUGCUUUUGCUCCAGGAAGCUGUGACACAAUACCAAAGGUGGCCAUUCCUAGCAAUGCUUUCGAUUGUUCAAUUGGUUCAUUCUUUUCCUUUAAAAGUAAGAAAUGUGAAAAAUGUCCCAUCUAUACAUAUCAACCAUAUCCAAAACAAACUCGUUGUCUUCCCUGUAAUGAGAGUAAAGGUACCAUCAAUGUUGGUGCAGUGAGUGAACGAGAAUGUAUAAAAGUCAAAAGAUGUGAUUUUCAAAAGGGACUGGGAACUACUUUAUGUCCAUGGCACAACGUAGAAGGUGACGAUGACUUUGACUGGAAACUUAGUACAUCAUCCUCAUCAUAUUAUGACCCACCACGAUAUGAUGCUACAGGCUUCAGUACUGGACGAUAUCUUCGUUUGAGAUCAUAUAUUUCAGGCAAAGGUUGGUUGGUUGGAAACUAUCGCAACGACUCUCUCGUGUGUUUUUCAUUUUCGUAUUACAUGGAUGACAGUUAUGAUGAGACAUUAAAUAUCUACCAAGAAUAUUUUCACAAUGGAUACAAUCUUUUACUGUGGUCAUUAAGUGGUGAUCAAGGAACUAAGUGGAAAAAGGCCAAGUCACAGUUAAUUUUACAAUGGGUCUAUCUAGGGUAG